UGCGCAUCAACAUGACUCCCCCCGCUUAUUGGCUUCGCUUCUCCAGCCAGGAGACGUUAUGGGGAAUGCCUCAAGAGUCUGGCUGUGCCUCAAUUUGCAUAUUUCAUCAGUUGCACUCUAACAAGACGCCAGUUUAGUAAUCCCACAGCGCGAUUUUCUCUGCCUUCUGAAAGGAAUUCGUAGCAGAUUUAGAGCCUCGUUCUGUGGUGUCUUCGCGGUGACACCGCGCGAGAAAAGUUGCUUUGUGUCUUGCGGGGAACUUUCGUGGUGGCAGUGAUUCUUGUAUUGGUUGAAUUUACACGAGUGACGUCUUUUCUGCAAUUUAGGGAAAUUAGAUGACACAGUUCUUUUGACCCACGACUCAACUUCAAUUGCACUUUGUCGGCUUCUUCACUUUUUUUUAUUAUUAUUUUUUUUUUAUUGUCGCUUUACUCCUUAUUUCUUAUUCUUUCUAAUACACACCAAGUGUGGUGAGAGAGGUCACAAAAUCAAGAAACGAAAAAAAGAAGAAGUGCUCAAGGCAAUGUGGCCCUGAUUGAAUUUACACUCCCAAUUAAAGCGUCACACUGAACGACGAGGAGUGUUGUGUGUGGUGGACUUUGAUGUGCCAAAAUUGACGUGAAAGUUCCAUUUUUCUCUCACAAAAAUUCUCGUGAAGAGACAGAAAAGUAAAUAAAUAAAUAAAAAUCAAAAGUGAAGUGAAAUGUCGCUGGAUUCAAUGGGACCCAAUAAAGCGGGACGUUCAGGAGUCCCCGGAGGGAGGAUGACCCACUCACUCAGCACUCCAUCUGGUGUCGAUGGAACACCACCAACUAUCACACACAAUCGUGGUGGAAAGAAAUUGGCAAUUAGAGUGCAAAUGCUGGAUGAUUCUGUCACGAUGUUCCAAGUUCAGGCCAAAGCUCUGGGAAAGGUGCUUUUUGAGCAAGUAUGCAGACAACUUAAUCUACUGGAAGCAGAUUAUUUUGGACUGGAGUAUCAGGAAGCUGGAUCCCACACGAAGUACUGGUUGGAUUUGGAAAAGUCAUUGAAUCGUCAAGUGGGAUUAUCCUUGAUUGAUCCAGUUUUGAGAUUCUGUGUGAAAUUCUACACGCCCGAUCCGGCACAGCUGGAGGAGGAAUACACACGAUUUCUCUUCUGUUUGCAAGUUAAACGAGAUUUAGCAACUGGGAUACUGCAGUGUAAUGAUAAUACAGCAGCUCUGAUGGCUAGCUACAUUGUUCAAGCUUCCUGUGGUGAUUACGUCGUGGAGGAUUAUCCAGAUCACACAUACCUAUCCUCAUAUCGAUUUGUCCCACAUCAAGAUGGGUCGAUGCAAAGGAAAAUAAUGGAGAAUCACAAGAAACAUUUCGGACAAUCACCGGCAGAGGCGGAUCUCAAUUUGCUGGAAACGGCGAGACGUUGUGAAUUGUACGGUAUGAAGAUGCAUCAGGCAAAAGACAUUGAGGGUGUUCCACUAAAUUUAGCUGUGGCACACAUGGGUAUCGCCGUCUUCCAAGGCAUUACGCGAAUCAAUACAUUUUCAUGGGCAAAAAUUAGGAAAAUAUCUUUCAAACGGAAACGUUUCUUAGUCAAAUUGCAUCCGGAGGGCUAUGGCUACUACAAAGAUACAGUGGAGUUCUUUUUUGAGGGGCGCAACGAAUGUAAAAACUUCUGGAAGAAAUGUGUGGAGAAUCAUGGAUUUUUUCGUUGCUCAAUGGUGCAGAAUUUGCCAAGACGGAAAACAAGAGUUCUAUCCCGUGGCAGUUCAUUUCGAUACAGUGGAAAAACCCAGAAGCAAGUUAUUGAAUUUGUUCGAGACAAUUAUGUCAAGCGCCAAACAUUUCAAAGGUCUCAGUCCUUUCGUCAGGGUACUCUCAACUCUGGUAAUAGAAGUCAAUCGCACACUUCUUGCAAUGUGAAUUCCAGCAUUUCAGCUCAUCCCUUGCUACCCAUAGAGACUGCGGAAUGGGAUUUUCGCAAUCAGAGCAGCGUCUUGACGACGCCUUCUCAGAUGAGGAAGGGAGUGGAUUCCUUGGGUCGCCGACCAGACAGUCCUAUCGACCACAUGCGAUCUCAAGUCACAGCAGCCCAGGUGGAGACCUAUCAGAUGAAGACUUUUGCGGAGGAAUCUCCACAAGUUCAGGACCACCUGGACUCGAGUCGCUCUGUCUCGCCGGGGGGCACAUGGACUUCGCCGCACCACCACUACAACAACAAUAUACACGCAGCAGAUCGGGCUCGUGCACAUCAAGACGCUCACAGUUCCGAUACUUAUCACGGAAUCAAUGGGAACGUCUCCCUGGAUCGUCGUGGUGAAGUGCCUCACUUUUCCAAUCGCUACGAUUUGUCUCUUGGAUCCGACAAAUCCUCCUCAAUGUCUCAUUCUGAAAGGGAUACUGGGAGCUAUGAUAUCAAUCAAGCAGAGGCACGAGUGAAGAUUGAGGAGGAGAAUGCAAAUUAUGUGAAUGCCAAUAACAACAAUUCCCGCCAUACAAAUGGUGGGAGUACGAGUAAUUCAGCCACACUUGAGUCUCAAGAUGGGAGUGAGACACGAAGGAAGCGCUGGCCAACGGAUAGAGCGUACUUCCUGGCAAAGGAGCUCCUCAUGACGGAGCGUACGUACAAAAGGGAUUUGGAUGUGCUCAAUACAUGGUUUCGUGAGGAAUUGGCCCCAGAUGAUGUGGAAUCCCUGCAGCCGCUCUUCCAACUGCUGGAGGUACUUAUUCAGCAUCAUGGUGUCUUUCUGCGUGAUCUGGAGCAUCGUUUGGUCCUGUGGGAAGGUCAUGGAACACACGAAACCCAUCGGAUUGGGGAUGUUAUGCUGAAGAAUAUGGUGGUGCUGCCGCUGUAUGAGGAAUACCUCGAGGCACAUCGGGAUAUUCUGCAUCAUCUUGUGGAUGCUUUUGAUGGGGAUGAGCGAUUCCAGCAGCUCUAUCGGGAGUUUGAGCAGCAGAAAGUGUGCUACGUGCCCAUUGGAUAUUUGCUGCUGAAGCCCUUCCAUCGGCUGUUGCACUAUCAAUUGAUCCUGGAUCGUUUACUCGAUCACUACGGGGAGGAUCACUUUGAUCGUACUGACUGCCAUGGGGCUCUCAUGAUGCUGGGACGGACAACGGACACGAUAAAUAGUCUCCUGCCUGAGAGUGAGAACUACGUGUUGCUGUGUGAAUUGCAGCGUGAUCUUGUUGGGUUUGAUCAGCUCGUACAGCCUGGUCGUAGGCUUAUUAGGCAGGGAUGUCUCCUGAAACAUUCCAAGAGGGGCCUUCAGCAGAGAAUGUUCUUCCUGUUCUCUGAUGUUUUGCUGUAUGCAAGCAAGAGUCCAGUGAAUCAGACAUUCAAGGUGCUGGGACAUGUACCCGUGCGAUCUCUGCUCACGGAUAAUGCUGAGCACAAUGCCUUUGUGAUUUACGGUGGUCAGCGAGCAAUUACUGUGAGUGCUGGCACGACGGCUGAGAAGACGCUGUGGCUGGCAGAGUUGGCUAAAGCAACGGCUGAUUCAAAGACGCGGCAACCGGUGCAGCUGGUUAUGGGAUCUCUGAAGAAUUGCAGCUCAUCUGAGGAGGGUUUGGAGACUUGUGGUCUCAAUGCUGGGGCUGUUGUGCCGGGCAAAACACCCCCAUCACGAAGUAAUACUUCCCUCCAUGUUUGCUGGCAUCGUGGAGCAACUGUUGGACUUCAGGAUCAUCUCGUGGCAGCUAAUAAUCAACUUUCGGGCUUCCUGCUGAGAAAGUUCAAAAAUAGCUCUGGUUGGCAGAAACUCUGGGUAGUCUUCACAUCAUUCUGCCUCUACUUCUACAAGAGCUAUCAAGAUGAUUCCGCCCUUGCGAGUUUGCCGCUCUUGGGGUAUUCCGUGGGGCCACCGGGUGUUCAGGAUGCCCUACAGAAGGAUUUUGUCUUUAAGCUCUCCUUCAAGAAUCACGUGUACUUCUUCCGUGCCGAAAGUGAACACACCUACAAUAGGUGGCUCGAAGUCCUGCGGAGCACGACUCAGACGCAGGACUUUAAAAAUUUGUCGAAUAACUAGGAGCCUCAGUGCUCAAAAAAAAUUAUUUUAUUUUUUGUAAUAAAAUUGCUCUAUAUUUUUCUGUCCCGGUUAGUUAGUUCAUAAUAAAUUAGACGCAAAAAAGAACAAAAAAAAUAUCAAGAUGGUUAAAAAUUUUUAUGUAAAAUUAUAUAAUACUAUGUAUAAUUUUUUGGAUAUUUUAGAAAAAAAGAAAAUGUAUUUUUCUUGCAAA